AUGUCUCGCCGCAGGCUGGUGGGCCAGCCAUUAUUAUAUGUUGUAUCUAUCUUCGCCAGUCUAGGGCGUAUUUCUUGUGGGUCACCUUGCUCUUUCGGGUAUGAUCAAGGCGUCAUGUCGGGCAUCAUAACAGGUCCCCACUUCAUCCGAUUUUUCGGUAGACCUGGGCCGAUACAGGUAGGGAGUAUGGUCGCUGUACUAGAAGUGGGUGCAUUCGUGACAUCUCUGGCUGCUGGACGCGUAGGCGACAUUAUUGGCCGAAAAGGAACGUUAUUCAUUGGAGCUGUGGUGUUCACCUUGGGCGGGACGGUACAGACAUUUACUACCGGAUUCGCCGUAAUGGUGGUGGGACGGAUCGUCAGCGGAUUUGGCGUCGGUCUUCUAUCCACCAUCGUGCCUAUUUAUCAGAGUGAAAUAUCACCGCCAAAUCAUAGAGGAGCUCUGGCUUGUGUAGAGUUCACUGGCAACAUCUUCGGUUAUGCGUUUUCUGUCUGGACCGACUAUUUCUGUUCGUUCAUAGACUCAGACAUGGCAUGGCGGAUACCUUUACUUGUUCAGUGCAUCAUCGGUGCCAUUCUUGCCGCCGGAUCACUAGUGCUUCCGGAAAGUCCUCGGUGGCUCAUAGACACAGAUAAAGAUGACGAGGGACUCCGGGUACUCGCCGACUUGCAUGGCGGUGACCUGGACAACGUUGUUGCCCGGGCGGAGUAUCGAGAAAUCAAGGACAAAGUUAUUAUGGAGAGAGAAUCCGGUGAGGCCAGGACGUAUGCCGUGAUGUGGAAGAAGUAUAAACGGCGCGUGCUGCUGGCCAUGUCGUCGCAAGCCUUUGCUCAACUCAAUGGCAUCAAUGUUAUUUCUUAUUAUGCCCCUAAAGUAUUUGAAGAGGCUGGUUGGUUAGGCCGGCAAGCUAUACUCAUGACAGGAAUUAAUUCCUUAAUAUAUCUCCUUAGUACCUUGCCGCCGUGGUACCUAGUUGACCGAUGGGGGCGUCGACCUAUCUUGCUCUCCGGUGCUGUUGUGAUGAGUCUGGCGCUUUGUGCCACGGGGUAUUGGAUAUAUCUCGACUUACCAGAAACGCCUAAUGCUGUAGUAGCGUGUGUCAUCAUCUUUAAUGCUGCUUUUGGAUUCAGUUGGGGUCCACUGCCGUGGCUCUACCCUCCCGAGAUUAUGCCCCUCACUGUACGUGCAAAAGGCGUGUCACUGUCGACAGCGACUAAUUGGGCGUUCAACACCCUCGUCGGUGAAAUAACGCCUUACUUGCAAGAGGUCAUAGAAUGGCGCCUCUAUUUUCAUGCAUGGGUUUUUCUGUGCAUAGUUAACCUUCCCCCCUCAGUAUAUCCUGAAACCAAGGGUGUUCCUCUUGAAGAGAUGGAUGCCGUAUUUGGUGAAGACGAAAAUUCCGGUUACAAGACCGUUCCACUGUCCUCCGCUGAAGAGCAUGCAUCGUUCUUACCUGGACCGUCGUAUCCACCAAAGGCAAAGCAUGCGAAGGGGACGUCGAGUGGAAGUUCGAGUGGAUGGGUAUCGAGGAUGUUUAAUAGGAAUGGAAGCAGGAAGAAUGUGGGGCCCAGCGAAGAAGAAGAGGCGUUGAGGCCAGAGGAGGAGGAAGCCGAUUUUGAGAUGCUGGAGAGAGACGGGACGGGACGGUAG